UCUUGCAUUUGGUUCCAAUUUUAAGGAAAUCAAAUCUUUAAUUCCAUCUCAUAAUGCGUUAUAAUAUUACAUCUCCUAUACUUGUCGAUUGGAUUGGAAAGCCUGAAACUGUACAAUACCGUAAUGUUGGUUCCAGGUAUGGACGAGCUGAGACCUGCAAUGAGUUCUACUUGAAUUACAAUGAAUGUAUAGAAGCAUAUGGUCGUACUCGUGGUUUUGUUCCUUGCGAACCUUUUCGAAUGGAUUUUCUUGAAUGCAAGAAUGGUACAAAAGCAUCUUUGAGAGAUAAGAGAAUUAAAGCCGAAAGGAUUCGUCAAGUGCUUGAUGGCGAGCGAAGUUACAAAGAUUAUUUUGGACGUCGACCUGAAAGAGAUUCAUUUAUCUAUGAACCUUUCUUCUAAUUGUUACAGAGCCAGUCAUUAAUGAAUUAAUAAAUGUUGUCUGAACCAACUAUUACGAUUUAAAAGCGUAAUCUAAACACACUUGUAGAAAAAUUAUUUCAAUGAGGUAAUAUUCAACGAUUCAAUAAAAUAAAUAAUUAUGUUAGAGUAAA